UUGGCAUACGUCAAGAUAUUCACUCAGGCACUGAGUCCAAAGUAUUGCUUGACUUGGUUUGGGACUUUUCCACGCGUGGAUCUCCACGAAGGGAGAUUGAGACGGCUUUGGGACUAACCUCCAAGCAGGAAGGUUGGCACACUUCGAGAUAUUGACUUGGGAACUGAAGCCAAAUAUUGUUGCCUGACUCGGUUUGGGACUUUUCCACGCGUGGAUCUCCACGAAGGGAGAUUGAGAAGGCUUUGGGACUGACCUCCAAGUAGGAAGACGAUCUUUACUUGCUACUUUCCUGAGCUUUGCAAGACUUACUCCCAAGUAAACCACUGCUGUGAUUAUCUCCAUCUAGAUGCAGCCUUGCUCCAACCCGAAAAGCUUUUGCAUCAGAUCUCAUUUGCUAUGAAUGGAGCCAUCAGCCUACAGGUGGAUUUAAAAAUGGAUUUCAGACUGGUUCGCGAACGUGUCCUUAGUGUGUUCCUCGCCAAUGCCUACGCUUGCCAGAUUGGUGCUCUUCUAAACUGGGAGCAUGCCAGAGCUCUGAAAUAAGGCACAUCUAUCAUCUUUUCCAGAAGUAUGAUAUUAUCUUGGGCAUAAAAAAAGGGCCGGUGCUUAAUUUAGAAGAAGCCUAUCCAUCUGGUUGUCUCCACCAAGAUAUGCUCCUCGGCUAAUCGCUGCAUGAUGGAUUGGUCCCCAAACUUCACUUGCUUCUCGGUCAUCACUUUGGCCAAUUCCAGUCAGAUAGGUUCUGACUCCGCUGAGGACUUCCCAUCUGGGGAGCAAUCCUUGUCGGUCUUCACUGUCCUCAUCUUGACCCUCUUGGCCAUGUUGGCAGUGGCCACCUUCCUCUGGAAUCUGCUGGUGCUGGCGACAAUCCUGCGGGUGCGCACUUUCCACCGGGUGCCCCACAACCUGGUGGCUUCUAUGGCCAUUUCGGAUGUGAUGGUGGCUGCCUUGGUGAUGCCCCUCAGCCUGGUGCAUGAAUUGUCUGGACACCGCUGGCGGCUGGGGAGGGCUCUAUGCCAAGCCUGGAUCUCCUGCGAUGUGCUUUGCUGCACUGCCAGCAUCUGGAAUGUCACCGCCAUUGCUUUGGAUCGGUACUGGUCUAUCACCCGACACCUGGAGUACACCUUGCGGACCCGGAGACGCAUCUCCAACAUCAUGAUUGCUCUGACUUGGUUCCUCUCGGCCAUCAUUUCCUUGGCUCCAGUACUCUUUGGUUGGGGGGAGACCUACUCGGAGGGCAACGAAGAGUGUCAGGUCAGCCGGGAGCCUUCCUACACCAUCUUCUCCACAUUUGGGGCAUUUUACGUGCCUCUCUGUGUGGUGCUUUUCGUAUACUGGAAAAUCUACAAGGCAGCCAAGUUUCGCAUCGGAUCACGCAAGAGCAAUUCCAUCACGCCAAUCACUCCCGAAGCCCUGGAGGUCAAGGAAGGCUCUCAGCAGCCCCAGAUGGUGUUUACUGUCCGCCAUGCGACGGUGACCUUCCAGACUGAUGGAGACACCUGGAGGGAGCAGAAGGAGAAGAAAGCUGCCCUGAUGGUGGGCAUCCUCAUUGGCGUCUUUGUGUUGUGCUGGAUCCCCUUCUUCAUCACCGAACUACUCAACCCGCUCUGCUCCUGCGACAUCCCCCCUCUCUGGAAAAGCAUCUUCCUUUGGCUCGGCUACUCCAACUCCUUCUUCAACCCUCUGAUCUACACCGCAUUCAACAAGAACUACAACAAUGCCUUCAAGAGCCUGUUUUCCAGGCAGCCAUGAAACGUGUUCCAACAAGAGAGCAAAAUACCAUUUUUUGACAAAUAUAAAGUCAAAGCAUCUUCCUUCUUCACCUUGCGCAGAGAGGGAAACAUGAACGCAGAGUCUCUAUAGAGAAACUCAGGUGCUCCAAGAUGAGCUGUUGAUACUCCAACGUAAAGAAAACAUCCUUGUGAGUUCAGGCAUUGCCCUCGAAGACAGCUCUUCUGUUGUGCAGACACUGUAUUUCUCCCUAGUGUUUAAAAAGCAAUAGUUUGCUGCUGGUGAACCAGAUUUUCUUUUGUUUCCAGAUUUCGGUCCAAGGGCAGUUCUCGGUGUUGUGCAGAACAUCAACAUUUGUGAUUGUCAUGCCCAUUCAGUCGACAAUAUCUGUGAAAUCACUUGUGAUGAGUGGUGUUAAUGUGUCUUUUUAUGGAAAAAAACCCAACAAUGUUGCUGUUAUUAUUUGUAAUUCCUUAGAGGAAUGAAACCUCCGUGAACCAUAUUAGUCACCACAGUAUUCACUUGAACAUGAGGAGAUGGAGAGAAUGUUGAAUACAGGCAAAGCACUUUAAAAAUGUUUGUUUAAUAUAUAUUUUUAUAUUCCAUUACAGUAGGGUGUUUCAACUGAAUGGUGACCUGGAGCCAGUUUCCCUCCAGACUUCACUCCCUAAAAGCAAGCCCAAAUUUGUUUUCCUAGCCAGUCCUUCUCAAAAUGGCAUUCAAACAGAUGGGAUAUCACCAUCCAUUGCCAUUUUGAGAAGGGCUGCAGAGGAAAUGGGAUGUCCUUAUGGGCUUGCCCAAAGCCUC